AUGAAGAGCUCGAUUAUUCUACAUUGGCUGUUGAUAGUAAUCGGUAGUAAAUAUGUUAGGACAAUUGAUUAUGAGUUAUACGAAUACUUCAAUCGAACGGAUCCUGCAACUCGACAAUUGUGUGAUUUCGAAGAACAGCAUCCGACACCGAUAGGGAUACUCACAACGAGUUCAGGAAAGCCGGUAGAUAUAAGAGAGACGAUUUCUUUGAAUUCCGAUGCGUUUUCAAACCAGUACCAUAUAGAUCUACUCACUCACGCCAAUGCAGAAAGGAUUCCUGAGAGAGUGGUACAUGCUAAGGGUACAGCUGCAUUUGGUUAUUUUGAGGUAACUAACGAUGUAUCACAGUACAUAAAAUCUGACGUAUUUAAUGGAAUAGGAAAAAUAACACCCACAGCUGUUCGAUUUUCUACAGUAAUGCAAAACCUAGGCGGAAAUGACCUUGCUAGAGAAACGAAAGGUAUGGCUGUUAAAUUUUAUACAAAAGAAGGUAACUUGGACUUCGUGGCUUUAAAUUUUCCUGUUUUUUUCAUUAAAGAUCCUGUAAAGUUUCCUUUCUUUUUUCACGCCUUGAAACGGAAUCCUAAAACUAAUCUUUUCGAUUUCUCCAUGCGUUGGGAUUUUUUUACUAAAAACCCAGAGUCUAUACACGCAGUUUUGUGGUUAUACUCUGAUUAUUGUAUUCCAAAUGGAUAUACAAAAAUGGAUGCUUUUCUAAUUCACACUUACGAGAUCAAUAAUAAGUACGGCGAUAAGUAUUUCGUCAAAUUCAAUUUUAGAACAGAGCAAGGUGUUGAAAAUCUGCCAUCUGAUGAAGCAGAAGCUAUUGCUGCACGAGAUCCUGAUUACUUUAAUAGGAAUCUAUACAAUGCCAUCGAGAACAAAAUGUAUCCUGCUUGGACGUUGGAAAUGGAUGUUAUGUAUGAUAUUAAGAAUAUUGAUUACAAUCCAUUCGAAAUUACAAGAUUAUGGAAAAUGGGUACUUAUCAUACUAUUACUAUUGGCCGUCUAGUUCUAGAUAGGAAUCCAGAUAACUUUUUUAGAGUUUCGGAAAUGAGUGCUUUUAAUCCCGGUAAUUUAGUACCAGGUAUACCUGGACCAAUGGAUAAUUUGUUUAAAUCUAGAAGAUCAUCAUAUCGCGAUACUCAAGUAUACCGUUUAGGAGUCAACCAUAAUAGAAUCGAAGUCAAUUCUCCUUUGUAUUGGAAAGUGUAUGAUCGAGAUGGUAAGCCACCUGUAAGGGAUAACAUGAUGGAUGCACCAAAUUACUAUCCUAAUUCAUUUAACGGGCCCGUUCCUUAUGUAGAUCCGAGUCGGCCUAAAGAAAGAUAUACAAUAUUGGAAGCUAACGCAGUUGAUUUAGAUCAUGCAGCAGAUUUUUAUAAUAAUUACUUGCAACGCGAUCAGAGAGAGAGACUUGUUAAUAAUACUGUAAAUUCGUUAGUUCCUGUAUCUCCAGACUUGCAAAGAAGAGCAAUACGUUUGCUAACUUUAACAGAUAUAAAUUUAGGUAUACAAGUCUCAGAAAUGUUACAUGAUGCAAUGCAAAUGUCAUCGAUUCCUGAUCCACGCGUAUUGAUAGUUUCACGCCAGAAAAAUAAUAAUAAUUAUGAUUCUUAUUCGCAGAUGCCUAGCGAUGUAAAAAGUCGCAGAUUCGAUCCCGACCCCUCGGGCUAUUGUCAUCCCCACUCCUAG